UUGUGACCAGAGUCCCGGACGCUUGUGGCGGCGGCGCCACCAUGGCGGUGCGACAAGCGCUGGGCCGGGGCCUGCAGCUGGGUCGAGCGCUGCUGCUGCGCUUCACGGCCAAGCCUGGCCCGGCCUACGGCUGGACGCGGCCCGAGCGGCCCGGCCCGGCAGCGGGCUGGGGCCGGGGAGAGCGCCCUGGCCGGGCGGCGGGGCCCGGCGCGGAGCCGCGCAGGGUCGGGCUCGGGCUCCCCGACCGCUACCGCUUCUUCCGCCAGUCGGUGGCUGGGCUGGCGGCGCGGCUGCAGCGGCAGUUCGUGGUGCGGGCCCGGGGCGGCGCGGGCCCUUGCGGCCGGGCAGUCUUUCUGGCCUUCGGGCUUGGGCUGGGCCUCAUCGAGGAGAAGCAGGCGGAGAGCCGGCGAGCGGCAUCGGCCUGUCGGGACAUCCAGGCGAUUUUUGCGCAGAAAAACAAGCUGGUGCCUGACCCGUUGGACACUAGACGCUGGCAGGGCUUCCAGCUGGAGGAGUACCUGAUAGGGCAGUCCAUUGGCAAGGGCUGCAGCGCGGCCGUGUACGAAGCCACCAUGCCUGCGUUGCCCCAGAAACUAGAAGUGGCAGAGAGCACCAGGCUUCUUCCAGGCAGAGGCCCAGAUGUCAUUCCACAAAGAGAAAAGGAGGAGCAAGCUCUGGGGGCCCCUGCCUUUCCCUUGGCCAUAAAGAUGAUGUGGAACAUCUCGGCGGGCUCUUCCAGUGAAGCCAUCUUUAGCAAAAUGAGCCAGGAGCUGGUCCCAGCUAGCCGAGUGGCCUUGGCCGGGGAAUAUGGAGCAGUCACUUACAGAAAAUCCAAAGGAAGUCCCAAGCAAUUAGCACCUCACCCCAACAUCAUCCGGGUUUUCCGCGCCUUCACCUCAUCUGUGCCCCUGCUGCCAGGGGCCCUGGUCGACUACCCUGAUGUGCUGCCCCCACGUCUCCACCCUGAAGGCCUGGGCCAUGGACGGACGUUGUUUCUUGUCAUGAAGAACUAUCCCUGUACCCUGCGCCAGUACCUUCGUGUGAACACUCCCAGUCCCCGCCUUGCCACUGUGAUGACCCUGCAGUUACUGGAAGGCGUGGAUCAUCUGGUUCAACAGGGCAUCGCACACAGAGACUUAAAAUCUGACAACAUUCUUGUAGAGCUGGACGCAGAUGGCUGCCCCUGGUUGGUGAUCACAGAUUUCGGCUGCUGCCUGGCUGAUGAGAGCCUUGGCCUGCAGUUGCCUUUCACCAGCUGGUAUGUGGAUCGGGGUGGAAACGGCUGCCUGAUGGCCCCUGAGGUGUCCACAGCCUGUCCUGGCCCCCGGGCUGUGAUUGAUUACAGCAAGGCUGAUGCUUGGGCAGUGGGAGCGAUCACCUACGAGAUCUUCGGGCUCGCCAACCCCUUUUAUGGCCAGGGCAGGGCCCACCUUGAGAGCCGCAGUUACCAAGAGGCUCAGCUCCCUGCACUGCCCAAGUCGGUGCCCCUAGAUGUGAGACGGUUGGUGAGGUCACUGCUCCAGCGAGAGACCAGCAAGAGACCAUCUGCCCGAGUAGCUGCAAAUGUGCUUCAUUUAAGCCUCUGGGGUGAACAUGUUCUAGCCCUGAAGAAUCUGAAAUUAGACAAGAUGAUUAGCUGGCUCCUCCAACAAUCAGCUGUUACUUUGUUGGCCGAUAGGCUUGCAGAGAAGAGUUGUGUGGAAACAAAAAUGAAGAUGUUAUUUCUGGCUAACCUGGAGUGUGAAGCACUCUGCCAGGCAGCCCUCCUCCUCCGCUCGUGGAGGGCUGCCCCGUGAUGGCUCUGCACACAGCUGGUAAAUUACUAAAAGAACUUAGUAGCAUCUGUGUCGUGAUGGUCUGUGAAUGCUGAGGGAGGGACUCCUAGGUGUGAGAGGGUGGGAGUCAGUGGACAAGAUGGCACAUAGAAGGCUGGUCAACCAGAGAGGGCCUCAGGUUUGGCAAAUGGAAGGGGGAACUUGGGUAGCAGAAGCACAGCCUUAAAUGUGUAAACCAACAAGGCUGGCUGUGUCCCAGUAAAGCUGGACACUGAAAUUUGAUUUUAUGUGUCACUAAAUAUUCUUUGAAUUUUUUUCAACUAUUUAAAAAUGGAAAAUCCAUUUUCAGCUAGCAGGCCAUACCAAGACAGGUAGCAGGCCAGACUGGCCCGCAGGCCAGACUGGCCCGCAGGCCAGUUUGCCAACCCCUGGUCUAGAUGAAUUUGAAGGGCUUAACUCUAACAAAUAAUGCUGACUAGGUCUCCUUGUGUAUCAUUGCUAAAAAUAAUGUAAGAUUAUCCCUGCAUACAAAUCCAAAGGAGUGCAUUCUCCGCACCAGGUGAGAAGAUACUCUCAGGUGCUGACCAAAAAACCCUGUCUUAACCCCCUGGUCUGUAGGUGUGGCUGAGCCAAGGAGGGUUAGACCUGCACUCCACAUCGUAAAGGGUCAGGCCAACGCAGGGGUUAUUACAGCAGAGUUUCACCGUGACAUUUGCCCCUAACAUGUGGACUGUGGCUCAUCUGAAAGAGGCAGACAUGGAUGGCAUCAGUCUGCAUGUGCCACCUGGGUUAAGGCAAACAUUUGCAUGGGUCAAUAUAUUCGGAUAUCAGAAUGAAAAAACAUCUAAGUGAGACCUGGGAGGUAGGGAGCACUUAAGUUAUGCACUCUGGAACAGCUCUGGUGUUUUUGAGAAAGCAUUUCCACAGAGCCCCUCCAGCUACUGAAUUAAUCUCUCAUAGCUAAAUUGACAGAUGAAAUGGAAAUUAACAAUGUGGUGUUUUAAACUUGCUGAUUUCCCUUUUGACUAGUUUUUACAGGAAUUGUGAAUUAUUAAAUGCAAAUUUGUAACUGCAGAAUAUG